AUGGCGAAGUUCACGAAACAACCAAAAAUUGUGGCGAAGCUUCGUAAGGAACUGUUUGAUGCCUUGAGUAGCACAGACACAAAGGUCCUAGACAUGGAGCAGAAGCUGAAAGAACUGCCUUACUUUCAAUCCUGCAUAAAGGAGACACUGAGAUUGCACCCAGUUGUGCCAAUCCUCCCAUAUCGCGCCACCGACACGUGUGAAGGCCUCGGCCACAGAAUCCCCAAGGGAUCCCAAGUUUGGGUUACUGUUCAACAAAUCGUCCAAAGGACCCCAAAUGGUCAGUUGCCCGAUUGGUAUUUGACCCCAAACCAGUUGAAGCAGCAGCGGAAGCAUCAACGAGGUGCCAGAUCGAGAUAG